AUGGCCGUUAGAAACACCGAGAAAGAGGCGGGGCGCCGCAGCGGCGGUAAGGUGACUCUGAAGCAGGCGCGAAAGGGUGCUAACCUGAGCCGGCAGAAACUCUUGCAGCUGCGGCGCCAGGCCCUUGUGGCGAAGCGGCAACAAUCGGAGUUGCACAAGGCAGAGGUGAAGAAAGCUGUGGCGAGGCGUGUGCAUGCGGUGCAGAACAAAAAGACACACAAGACGUUCGAUCACAACACCCUUCAGUGCGUACAGGACGGACUGGUGGAGUCUAUUCAAGGCCUCGGCGAGGCCGUCACCCCGCUUUCGCUCUUCAUGGCCGCCUACACCGCACUGUCGCGGUCACCAGACAAGCAUCACAUUCCGUACAUCCUCGCAAUCAUGUCAGCCUGCGCCCCACGUCUGAGUCAAGGCGUGCUGCUGCACCAACUGGAGCAUGCCAUUACGUUGACGGAGCAGGUCAUCGCGGAGAAUGCGGCGAGUAAUCACCUCGUCGUGGUGAAGGCGAUGAAGUUUGCCCAGCAGCUCCUCCUUUCCGUUCAGACACCUUCAAUGGCGAUCCUACGGGUGUUUUGUCGCCUGGAGCCGAGCAAGCUGCAGGUGGACACAAUGAAGAUGUAUGUGGUGGCGUUCCGCAAACUACUUGAGUGCGCGGCGCUCUGCAACACCGACGGUUUAUCACACUCGCAUCCCACGAGAGACGCCACCAGUGGUGCGUACAAGCUAAACAACAAUCAGAAGUUCUUUGUGGAGGCGCUGCCACGAUUUGUGCAAGUCUGUGUCGGGAAUUUCACAGACGCCCCUGUCAGUGUCGUGUCGACCACAGUGGCCGAAUUUACUGGGCUUCUGCAGCGUACGCUGUCGCCGUACAUUGUGGAGUCUCUGGAGGGGCGGGAGAUGAUCGAAGGCAUUGUUUCAAACCAGCUGCUGGAGCUGCUGAAGCCGCACCACCAGACGUACUGGGGAUACGCACUCGACCUGUUCGAAACGCUUUUAAAUCGGCUUAAUUACCUUAAGCGCACACCCGCCGGUGAUGCAGUGGCGUUCACUAAGCGCUUUCCCUCAUUCCCGUUUCUCCUCCGCGUCCUCAACAAACUUCGCGCCAUGGACGACACAAAACUGAACGGGAAGAUUGAACGGGUGAUGGUGGCUAUGGGGAAUGGUAUGUCUGUACGGGAGUUUGUAGAGAUCAUCCCGUUUGAUCCACGCCGGGCGUAUGAAGUGGAGGUGAAGGGCGGCAGUGCCGCCGAGGAGGAUGAGGCAUGGGCCAACAGCUACGUUCUGAACGUACUUCGUCGCAUCGCUUCGCAUGACUCGUUGCCGUUCUUUGUCGAGCACUUUUUUCCACUCAUCCAGUUUACACGCAAAGUGGCCCUGGAGUAUGAGAAGCAGCAGCAGGCGGAGCUCGCGACCAAGUGGAUGGCGCUGCUGCAGCAGUACUGGCGCAUUGGCGUCGGCUUCUGCCACUAUCCGCGAAUUGUCACGAGGGAUUCGUUCCGCGACGUUGCGAAGCAGCUGGUGGGCCUUCUCUCGCAUCCACUCUUCGUCAACACGGGCGCCACAGCGCUACAUGUCCUGUGCGACGGUUAUCACGAACUUGCAACAGCAGCCUCCCUCGACGAUGAUGACGACGACUUGGAUGGCGAUGAUGAUGAUGAUGAUGAGCGUCUCGUGGAUGAUCAACGUGAGCCACACGCCGCUCGUGGCAACCGUUCCCUGCCCCAGAAGAGCAGCCUUGAAGAGGACACUCACUUCCUUGCGCUAAACGACCCUACGUGGAACAGGCAUGUCUACCACGGCAUCUCGCAAGAGAUGGCCAAGGAUGUGUGCGAGAACAUCAUUUCGAAGUUUAGCGCAAACAUCAUGCCGAAGCUUUGCAACACGUUUGAGGAACACGACUCGACGGCGGUUUUAAUGGCCAUUCAGAGCUUUUCGCGCGUCUGCGCUCCUGAAGUCAUGCAAGUCAUUUUAAAAGGUAUUCUCGACCUCGGCACGAACAUUGCGUUGCAGGCGCAGCAGAAGGAUCUUGUGGCGGAGAAGAAGGCGAGCCAUGCACCACUGGCGGGGAAGCGGCGAAUGAUACUUGACAUCUCGUGUGCGGUGGUUGUACAGCUCCCAACAGAACACGUUGUGGCGCUCUUUAAUGAUAUUAUUGAGCCCGUGCUGCUCGACCCAGCGCCGAACUCACGUCUGCUGCAGAAAAAGGCAUAUAAGCUUCUGUACGCCAUGUUCGAGCACCGCAUCAAGGACAUAUUUCCGCUCUUCCCACGCGUCGCCGGUCUCCUCACGGUGGGGCGCCAGCACGUCACAAUCUCAGGCACCAAGAUGCGUCUGCGCUGUCUGGUGUGGGCGCUUGAUGCGUGCAAGAUGUACUACCCCGAUCAGCUUGUCCCAAUGAUCCGCGCCGUGGUGGGUGAGACCAUCAUGCUUUCCCGCGAACGCUCUAGUGAGACGCGUGCCGCUUCGAUGGACCUCGUGGAAAAGAUGCAGCGGUAUCUUGUCGGCGCCGGUUGCCCUGUCAACACGCUGCUGCAUUUAGUGCUCGCCGGCUUCUCUGGGAAGACCCCGUGGAUGAUCUCGAGCACGCUUGUGGUGAUGGCCAAGCUUCUGUAUGUGACCCACCACGAGCUUCCCGAAGACGACCUCAACUCAUCCGUUGCGUUAGGGAUCCGCAUGAUAGAGUCCACCGAGUUAGACGUCAGGUCCGCCGCAACUAUGUUCGCAAGAAUGGUGCUGAAGCUGAUGAAGCGAUGCUCACGUGUGGCGGCGGCGGUGGAGAAGUCACUGUCCAAGCUUCUGCUCGCUAUUGCCCUGGUGACGUCGCAGCCGCACGUGUCCAGCAACACACGCAUGCAAAUGCGAGUGCUGCUGGAGAAGUGCAUCAAACGAUUUGGCUUUGAGCGUCUCGAGCCGAUAUUUCCUGUUGGGUCGAAGAAUUUCCUCCGCUAUACACAUAAGAUGAUGAAGCGCGAGCAGAAGAAGGAGGAACGGGAGCUCAAGAAACGCGUUGGUGAGAAGAAGAAUGAGUUUGACCGGCUGUUCCUUGGUGUGGCGAUGAAGGCCGGCUCAAGGGACGAUGCGGAACGCGACUUGCUGCAGGCAGGUGCCCUCACAAACUUUGUCUCCACGCACGCCUCGCCGUCAUUCUUCGCCGGGGAUGAUGCCGAUGACAGUGGCGACGAACUUGACAACAUGCAUCUCGAGUUCAACAACGGCAAGCUGCACAUCAUGACCGUCGAGGAGAAGCAAAAGCAGGAUGACCGCAAGCGGCGGGAAGAGAUGGCGGAACGUCUGCUGCGCCGCAACAAUGGCCUGAUCCACGCCGACGCACUCAAUGAAGGGGCAGUGGGGCUGCGCGGCAAGCGGACCCGCACGGAGACGGAGGACUUCGAGAAUGAUGAACUCCUCCUGCGCUACGGCAACAAGGUUAGCAAAGAGGCGGCCCAGCGCGCCACUUCGGCAGCAGAGAGCCGCGUUGGCCCUGGAGCAAACCAGAUUGAGAGGCUACGCGACCAGAAACGUGAGAAGCGCGAGCUUAAGCGUGCGCGUGUGGAAGAGGACAUCCGUAAGGGCGAGGAGUUCGUUGGUACUGGCCAGGGAGAUGUGCGGCGCGGUAAUGUGGCGCCAUACGCGUACGUUCCGCUCAACCGGCAGUACAUGAAUAAGCGGCAUCAGCGCGAGGCGAUGCAGCGGCUCGAAGUUGUGACUCACAACCAUUUGAAGGGGAAUAAAGCCAAACUUAUGAGCAGUGCCAAGAGGAAGGCUGGAAAAUGA